AUGGCAUCUGCUUAUUAUGAGUUUUACCGAGGUUCAUCGAUUGGCAUGGCUCUGACCGACUCGCUGGAUGAGCUUAUCACCAGUGGUGCCAUUACACCUCAGCUAGCGAUGAAGGUUCUACAGCAGUUUGACAAGUCUCUGGCGGAUACAAUGGUAAAGCAGGUGAAGACCAAGACAUCGUUGAAGGGUCACUUGCGCACCUACCGACUUUGUGAUGACGUGUGGACGUUUAUAAUCAAAAAUCCAACCUUCAAAAUGGAAUCAAAUGACAUGGUCAAUGCCUCGAGGAUCAAAAUUAUCGCAUGCAAAAAUGGUGACGCCAUUGAAGCCGGGAAGAAAUGA